AUGGCUUCGUCACUUGGCGCUCUGAGGAAUGUGGCCGAACCAGCUUUCAUUGUUUUUGCCUUCACCAUAGGCACUCUCAUCAACCGCCGCCGACUGGAUCGUGACGAUGACGUAGACUCGUGUGAGCGUGGGUCGGAGGAUUCCUCCUCCCGCCCCACCUCUCCGCUCCUCAAGCCGGAGAUGCGCGCGGAGUCGGGCGAGGUAUCCCGCAUCAACAGCAAACUUCUCGUUCGAUUUUACCAUACCUUCCCGUUCCUUGCUGAAAUCUGGUAUUGGAAUGCGACGUACUGGAUAUACCAGCUGCUUCGUGCCUUCUCGGCACGUAUGAUUGCCGGUAACGAAGCAGUCUUUGCGAGGGCUCGCGACCAUGCGAUUUCUAUUCUGAAGUUCGAGCAGUUCUUCGGCAUUGACGUCGAACUUGGCGUGCAGAAAUAUGUCCUUACAAACAUGCCCUGGUUGAUGUCUUACUUGGCUAAGAUCUACUACUUCCACAUUAGCCUCGGCAUCAUCUUCAUCAUCUACUGCUACACAUUUCUUCCACCGAGCACGUUCCAGAGAAUCCGACGAACUAUCGCCAUGGACAAUGCCAUCGCCUUCGUCAUCGUCACGACCUAUCGUUGCAUGCCGCCGCGCAUGCUCCCGGCCGAAUACGGAUUCGAAGAUGUGCUCCACGGAGCCAAGGGAGGAGGCAACGCGUGGACGCACAACAAGUUCCAGCUGACCAUCGCCGCGAUGCCGAGUCUUCACUGCGGUACCGCUCUCUUCCUCGCCUGGAGUAUCUGCCGGUUUUCGCCUCACCGUCCGCUUCGUCUUAUCGCGCCACUGUGGCCGAUGGCUAUGCUCUUCACGAUCGUUGCAACGGCGAAUCACUUCAUCUUGGAUGCUAUGAUUGGUGCGAUGGUCCCUGUCAUCGGAUGGAGAUUUAACCGGGCUAUCUUGGUGUUGCUGCCGCUGCAGAAUUGGGUGUUGGAGAGGCUGGGGUUGAGAACCCCCGAGGAUGAGGACAAUACUCCGGCAUAUGUCCCGAAAGAGUGGUAA